AUGAGGAACCUCAAAACUGUCGCAUACCACGAGACACGACUGGAUGCCAACACAUCGUCCCUGUUAUUACCAUUAACAGCGACAGCAUGGGACCCAGUAAAUGACACAGUCAUUUGUGCUUUUGGACCAACUGCAACCCAACCUAUAAUUGAACUAAAGCGACGGAAGUCAAAGAAUGCUUCUGGAGCAGAUGAAUUUGUCGAUAUUGCAUCUUGGGAUGCUCCUUGCCCUCUGCCAGAUCUUGAGUGCGACGAAAUUCUACUGCUUCAACAUUUCUCAGACACCGCCACGUCUUGUCUGAUCUUGGCUGGCGGAGAUGUCAUUGUGGUUAGAGAAGACCCCCAAGAUGAUCAAGAAAAAAUCGAAAUUGUGGGGUCCGUCGAUGCCGGAAUCUGCGCUGCUGCUUGGGCUCCAGACGAAGAAUUGCUUGCAAUUGUCACACGAGCAGAUACUCUUGUGUUGAUGAGCAGAACUUUUGAGCCGCUGAAUGAAGCCAGUCUUUCUGCUGACGAUCUGAAGGCUUCCAAGCAUGUUUCUGUUGGUUGGGGAAAGAAGGAGACGCAAUUUCAAGGAAAGAGGGCCAAGGCGAUGCGAGAUCCCACUAUGCCAGAGAGAGUCGAUGAGGGUCUCCCCAGUCCAUGGGAGGAUGGGAAAGUAACCGUUAGCUGGCGAGGUGAUGGCCAAUAUUUUGCCAUAAACAGUGUCGUCCGUGCUCAUCGCAGAGUUAUCAGAGUUUUCAGUCGUGAGGCUGUACUGGACAGCGCGAGUGAACCUGUUGAUGGACUCGAAUCAGGGCUAAGCUGGAAACCUUCGGGCAAUCUCAUCGCCGGAAUAAAGCGAUCAGACAACCAGGUUGAGGUGGUCUUCUUCGAACGAAAUGGGCUUCGUCAUGGCCAGUUUGAUCUUCGGACUACCCCGGAAGAUAUGGCAACAUGGGCAUCCAGUAUUUCUCUGACCUGGAAUACCGAUUCGACCGUAUUGGCCAUCUCCUUCAAAGACAGGAUACAAUUCUGGACGAUGGGAAACUACCAUUAUUACCUCAAGCAGGAGAUAUCUCUAUCAUCUUCAUCGACUGGCAAUUUACCACUGAAAUGGCAUCCCGAAACUCCGCUCAGGACACUCUUAGCCUCAGAGUCUUCGAUCCUCGACCUUACCUUUCAAUUCUCCAUCUCCAAAGGAAGCACUAAACCCCCACACGACCAUGGUAUUGUGGCAGUCAUCGAUGGCAAGACGUUGAAACUCACUCCAUCGAGGCAGGCUGCUGUCCCUCCACCCAUGGCUUUCUGUGAGGUCACAUUUGAUCACAAUCUAGUGGAUUGUGCAGUCACUCAGACUGGUGAAUGGCUGGCCGUCCUGACGACUCGCACACUUGAGGUAUGUGAAUGGGUUAUGCGUACGUUGGACUCUUCGGCCCCUGGUACGAAACCCAAGAGAUUUACCUCAACGAUUCAUCGCACCUCGCUUCAACUACCAGCAUCAGAUAGCCCAGCCGAUACCAGCCUCCGGUAUACACAGGUUGUUACGAGAGGAAAAGAUAUUUACAUUCUUGCUCCUCAACAAGGAACAACGGACGCCAUCGUACGUAAAGCGAUGUGGCAUGGCAAUGUAUCACGCCUCUCGAUACUCGGUAUAUCUCUCGCAGAUCAGGAAGCUACCGUUCCUCAAGCGGCCAACAACCUCCUUGUCGAUACAGCACAUGAAGUUGUUUACAUCACCGACCCGACGACCUCAACAACCUAUUCACUUGACGACCCGAUGGCACAACAUCUCACACUACCAGGCGCACAAGCAAACAGCGCAAUUUUCAAGCUUUCCGAAAAUCCCAACCACCAUGCACCAGGGUUUCUCAACGGAGAUGGACCACAAUACCACAAAGUCUCACUAACUGCUCAAGGAUCACUUUACGCAGACAAAAUCCUACUCACUCGAGACUGCAUAUCGUACAUCCUGACCGAUGCACACCUGAUCCUCACCACAGCGCAACACCUCCUGAAGUUCGUGCACCUGACCGAGCCAACCCAAAUGCGAGUCCCCAGCGACACGCCCGAGGUCGACGAACGAUGCCGCAGCAUCGAACGCGGAGCAAAAAUCGUAACGGUCAUCCCGUCCACGUACGCUGUGACGCUGCAGAUGCCACGAGGCAAUCUUGAGACGAUCUACCCCCGUGUCCUCGUCGUGUCGGGCAUCCGGCAUCACAUCAGCCAAGGCGACUACCUGGCGGCGUUCCUGGCUUGCCAGACUCAUCAGGUCGAUUUGAAUAUUCUGCACGACUACGAUCCCGAGAAGUUUCUUUCGCAGAUUGCGACGUUCAUCGACCAAAUGAAGAAACCCAGCCGGGUGGAUGAAUUUCUGUCGAAGCUCAAAGACGAAGACGUUACUGAGACAUUAUAUCGAGACACAUUGAAGCAAGGCACGACAGCCGAGACUUCUACUCUUGUAGACCGAACCAAAAAGCAGAUCAAGGACAAGCCCACCAGCAGCAAAGUGAACCGCAUCGCCGACGCAUUCAUCCCGAUCCUCAGCAGCAAAGCCUCUCUCUCAUUAACCGGCCACCCUUCCACCGACACGAAAACGAACCACCAUCUCCAAAACCUAAUAACCGCACACGUGAGCAAACGGCCCGCCGACCUCAAUGCAGCACUAACACUGGUCUCAACACUCCUCGCGACUUCCCCGUCCGAAGCCGAUAGAGCAAUCUCACACCUCGUGUUCCUGACGCCCGACACGAACCGGCUGUUUGACGGCGCGCUGGCGCUAUACGAUCUGAAGCUAACGUUGCUCGUGGCGCAGAACGCGCAGCGCGACCCACGAGAAUACAUGCCGUUCCUGGAGUCGCUAUCUGUGCUGUCGGAGCUGAGGAGGCGAUAUCGCAUUGACAAUCAUCUCAAACGGUAUGCUAAAGCGUUGGGCUCGUUGCAUGCGAUCGCUGCUACGGGGGGCGAGGUCGGUGGUGGUAAUGAGGGAGGCGAGACCGCUGGCGACAAAACGAAUGCCAGCGACAUCCACGCGGAGAUCGAGACGUACACUGUCCGGCACAGCUUGUACACCGCUGCCAUGGGUCUUUACCGCCACGACACACCCCACUUGGCACACAUAAUACGCCUGUAUGCGACAUACCUUGCAGAGUCGCAAUCCCGGCCUGCCCCAGCGGCCACGCUCUUCGAAUCCCUGGGCGACCACGCAGCGGCCUACCCACUGUACGCGCUGGCACACCGAUGGCGCGAAUCUCUCACGUGCGCAAGCCUCGCCACCCCGCCUCUGGACACGGCCCGCCUUCACACGCUCGCAGAAUCCCUUGCCAGCACGCUCGCUGAAGAAACCCGCGAUUUCCGCGCCGCUGCGGCCAUUCAUGCCGAACACCUUGGCGACAUCCCAGCCGCAGCGCGCCUGCUGUGCCGGGGCAGUUAUUUCGCAGAUGCGCUGAGGAUUCUCGCGUUACAAGGGUUCGGCAGCGAGGAGAUCGCGCGGAUCGUGGACGCCGGCCUGACGGAGAAGUUCGGCGAGAUCCUUGAGCUCGUUGCUGACUGUAAAGUGCAGCUCGGGGCGCAGGUACCGCGGGUGGAGGAGUUGCGGAAGAAAAAGGAGGAGGAUCCACUGGCGUUCUAUGGUGGGGAUGCUGCUGCUGCCGGUGAUGGAACGGGGAUGGAUAUCCCGGAUAAUGUGUCGCUGGCGCCGACGGACGCGACGACGCAAGGAGGACAAAGUCUUUUCACGCGGUAUGGCUCCAAUGCGAGUAAAUUUGGUGGGACGGUGGCGUCGAAUGUGUCAAGGAUGACGUCCAAGACGAAGCGGAAGGAGGAGAGGAAACGGGCGAGGGGAAAGACGGGGAGUGUUUAUGAGGAGGAGUAUCUGGUUGCCAGCGUGCAGCGGUUGAUUGGGCGGGUUAAUGGGGUGCAUGAGGAGGUGGGAAGGUUGGUGAAUGGGUUGUUGAGACGUGGAUUGAGGGAGCAAGCGGAGAAAGUGGAUGAGGUGUUGAGAGAAAUCACUGCACUGUGUGAGAAGGCGAGGAUGGACGUUUGGGAGGUCACGGAGGGGGCUGGUGAUGGCGAGAAUGGACUGGGAGUCGUAAAUGGAGGAAUCGUCGAGCGUUAUCAUGUUAACGGCGAGGGGAGGCCGUCUGGCGCGGAUGGCAUCUUGUGGGAUAGUGUGCAGGAAGCACAGAAGAAGAGAGAUGCUCCUGAGGUCAAAGCCUGGGUCGGCAAUGAGCUCUUGUAG